AUGCCUCUCACUUGCUUUAUUUGCUCAUCGGCUAUUAACCGUGUUACUACCUAUUUAACUUGUUGUGGCUGCAAGAAAACUACAGCACAUAGUAAUUGCAUUACUACUACUGGAUCCUCUCCUAAAAACGUAUCUACUUGGAAAUGCAGUAUUUGCUCUCCUUCUAAUUUUGAUUUACUCUCUAAAAUUGAAAAAUUGUUCGACCUAUUAAAUUCUACCAAUGAAAAAUUAGAUCGGGUUGUAGCUGAAAAUUCUCGUUUUCAAGAAAAAUUAUGCGUACUUGAAUCAAGAAUCGUCAAAUUAGAAUCAUAUCCAAACACUAAUGCCAACGUUUCUUAUUCUGACAUGUUUAACGAACUACAUGAUCGCCAAUCACGAGAAAAAAUAUAA